GUGAAAUACACGUUUGAGGUCUUCUGCCGAAUGCGACCGGGAAUGAGUCUUAUGUCACUCUAUGGUUCUCUGCACCAGCUUCGGAGAAUGGCCAUAUAUGAUGACUUUUGUAGAAAAGAACACGCUGUCUUAUUUGCCACUGAUAUUGCUGCUCGUGGCUUAGAUUUUCCUUCUGUUAAUUGGGUUGUUCAACUUGACUGUCCUGAAGAUAGUAGUACCUACAUCCACCGAGCUGGACGGACAGCAAGAUUCCAGAAAGACGGGGAGUCGUUGUUAGUUCUUCUGCCUUCUGAAGAAAAACCAAUGCUUGAACACCUUGAAGAUCACAAAAUACCAAUUAAAAAAAUUCAAGUCAAUGUAAAGAAACUUGCAUCAGUUCAAAGAAAAAUGGAAGCUUUAUGUGCAAGAGACAAUUCCUUGAAGGAAAGUGCUAAACGAUGUUUUGUGGCCUAUCUGAAGAGUGUUUUUCUGAUGAAAGACAAGAAAGUUUUCAACAUCCAAUGCUUGGACACGGAUGCUUAUGCAAGGUCGCUUGGUCUUGCCGUGACUCCAAGAGUUCGGUUUCUUCAAAAAACUUUAAAACAGCAGGCUGCUAAGAAGAAAGCUAUGGAUAAAAGUGUUUCAGUUGACAGGAUUUUAUGUAACAGUGAAGCAGAGUACAAAGAAGAUUCAAAACCAGCAAGUGAAGCACUGAAUUACUUGUAUAACAACAGUGACUCUAGUGAUGAAGACCUAUUUACAGUCAAACGAAUUAUAACUUACAAAAAG